AUGCUAGGUGCCCCUUUGGAGGUUCCCUUCAUUACGCUGGAGGAUCUUUCUGAAAUUUUUGAAAUUUCAACUUGUGUUUUAAACGUUGAAGCGUUUGAUGAAGCUAUCAGUAAGUAUGCUUUGGAGAGUUGCCCCAAAUUUCUGCUUCGCAUAUGGAUAUUGACUUCGUUUGUCGGAUAUUCAAAAGACUCGUUUAACGACUCAACAUGGGUUUCUUUUCUUCUCGCCUUGGCCAAAAGAAUUGACCUGAAAGAAUUUUCCUUGGAAGAGUAUCUUGAUGCUUCAGAUACUAACUUCAAUGCCAACAAUCAGUUGGUCAUAUUCAGCAAUCCAUCUGUAUAUGCCAGCGCUGGAUUUUCUAGGAUGAAAAAUUUCCUAUUAACCUUUUACAAGGACGCACAAUCCCACUCCCUUGCGCUUGAAGAAAAGCUAAGCCAACUUCAAUUUUCCGAGUACAUUUCGGCGUCGCCAUUUCGUACCAUAAUAUCGGUUGCUCUUU